AUGAAAUUGAGGAAUAGUGGCGAGGUGGCAGAUCGUACGGUUGAAGAAAAGCGAGAAAAGAAAGGGUGGAUGAAAAAGAGAAAGAGAUGUUUGGGAUCGCGAGAGGAGAGGCAGGGUGUUGUGAAGUAGUAGGGAUCGAUUGGAUUGGAUUGCAUUAAUCGAGGUGGGAUCAAAGUAUGUAUGUAGUGUGAGUGUUGAGUGGAAAUAUCAGAGAUAGAGAGUUGGAUUGGAUGCCAUGGGUCGGAAUCAAAGGGAGAGGGAGAAAGAGGAAGGAGAGAAGCACGUGGGGCUUCUGAGAUUGGCCCAAAUCCUAACAUUUUUGGUGGUGUUUGCGGGAGGAGUGGUGAUUGGUCUGACCACAAGCUCUCACAUUAAUGGCCAUUUCAUAUCGCAGCCGUACCAGUACAUCUCCUUGCGUAAUGUUCCAUCUCCUCCUCCUCCUGAGCCCACCGCCAUGGCUGCUGCAGAUCCUCCUCUUCCUCCUAAUCUGGACUUGGAGGCCUUCCUUCAUCCCCUUAACCUCACCCACUGCCUGUCCGACGAGGAGCUUUUCUGGAGAGCCUCCUUGAUUCCGAAGAAAGAAUCAUACCCUUUCUCCAGAAUCCCCAAGGUCGCCUUCAUGUUCCUCACCCGUGGCCCCCUUCCCAUGUUGCCCCUCUGGGAGCGUUUCUUCCACGGCCACUCCUCUCUCUUCAACAUCUACAUCCAUUCCCCUCCCCGCUUCCUUCUCAACGUCUCCCACUCUUCCCCUUUCUAUCUCCGCCACAUCCCUAGCCAGGACGUCUCUUGGGGUACCGUUACCCUCGCUGAUGCUGAGAGGCGCCUUUUAGCCAAUGCCCUCCUCGACUUCUCCAACGAACGCUUUGUUCUCCUUUCCGAGAGUUGCAUCCCUGUCUACAACUUCCCUACUGUUUACCGAUAUCUCACUAAUUCUUCCCUCAGCUUUGUUGAAUCCUAUGAUGAACCUACUCGCUAUGGCCGUGGUCGCUACAGUCGCAACAUGCUUCCUCAUAUUCAACUUCGACACUGGCGGAAAGGCUCUCAGUGGUUUGAACUCAACCGUGCUCUCGCUGUUUAUAUUGUCUCCGACACCAAUUAUUAUUCCCUGUUCCGAAAAUACUGUAAGCCUGCUUGCUACCCUGAUGAACAUUACAUUCCAACCUUCCUCAACAUGUUCCAUGGUUCGCUUAAUUCAAACAGAACUGUCACCUGGGUCGACUGGUCUAUGCUGGGUCCUCAUCCGGCAACCUAUGGCAGAGCUAAUAUAACUGCAGGUUUUAUACAGUCUAUAAGGAACAAUGGUUCCCUUUGUCGUUAUAAUUCAGAGAUAACGUCCAUUUGUUACCUCUUUGCUCGCAAGUUUGAUCCAAGUGCACUCGAGCCCUUGCUUAACCUUUCUUCAGAAGUGAUGAACUUUUGAACUAUUUUUCUUUUUAGUAUACUAGGAGACGAGAUUUUUAACUUAUUUUUUUGUUCUCUAGAUUUUGUUAGAAGAUAAUUUAACAACUUCACUACAAAAUCAUUUUGCAUUGUAAUAUCUGUACAGAUGUUGUUAGAGAAUUUUGUGUUCUCUGCUAGAGAAUAGCAUAUCAAUAUCAAUAAACAAUACAAUUGAAGAUGUUUUCCUACACUUUGUUUGAGUCACUAUUCAUUCAGUGGUCUCUUAUGUUUCUCAAUUGUGUCUUUUUUAUUUAUUGGAAAAGGCAUGAUGCCGUAUGAAGGAGAGACCGCCGAAAAUCUCACCUAGACUGAGGAUGUGUAUCAAAGAGUCAUUUUAAAAUUUCAAUUUAGAUUCAGUCAAUUAUCAAAGGUUCUCUCUUCUUCUCUAUUGCAUGUUUUGUUUGCCUUUUUGUUGGGUGGUGAGUUUUUUUUGUCAAAUUAAUGGAACCGAAAAUCAAUAGUGAUUGUGAUGGUGAUGUUGUGUGUGUAGACCAUUGAAGGAAGUGGUCAGAUGUGAGAGUGUUAAAGGCUUUGACAUGUAGUGGUCAAAGAUUUGCCUGUGGGAUUUCGUGUCUUGGUAUUUUCCAACAAAUGUUCAAUACUGAUGAUUUAUUUUUCUGUUCCAGGUAGUUUAUCCAGUAAUUGGUGUGUGCUUUUUAAGUUUAGUAGAUAGUCGUACGUUUGAGGGUGGGUUUGUUUGAAGAUUUGACAAUGGGUCUUCUAUUUCUAUGUUUAUACCUCUAUUUUUAAUUUAAUUUGGUUCUUUCAUUAUAGAUUAUGUAUUCAGAAAGCUUGUGUAAUUGAAGUUUUAUUCUCAUUAAAUUUCGGAGACAAUAUGGCGAGUUUCCACAAGUAUAUCAGCAUGCAAGAUGUGGCAAGUAUUGCGAGGAAAGGAGGCGGAAGGGAUUUCAUAUCGUUCAAGUCCAAAAUAAUGUAAUUUGAUAUUACUUCUGUAUGUUUUGUUUCUGAUUUUUUGUUACUAUGGCAGCCACACAGUGAGUUGGAGACGUGUUUUUUUCGUAGUGGAAUCUUGAACUGGGUGGUAAGUGCAAGCUGCCAGAUGGUAUUUGUACAUUUGAGCAUUAGCAAGAUGCACCUUCUGGCUAGUAAUUGCUGCUCCCAAUUGAUUAAGAAAAUUAAGAAGAUUCACAAAUUUGAGAUUAGCACGACGGGGACUAAUUCAUACAAUGCAGAUCCAAAAUUUAAUGCAUGCAAGAGAUAAUGAUUGCCUUAUGGAAGUGAGGCAUUGCCUGAAGGAAUUAUUGCUAGAACAUCUAACUUGGAAUUGUGGCCGUUAUGGGACUCUGGUAAAGAUUAUGAGUAGCAUGAUGAAGUCAAAAGAAAGGAGCAUAGUACUGGUGCUAUAUUACUGGUAUCUAUAUGGGCGAUCGAAUGAGAAAUGUUGGUGUGGUUGAUUCUGAGUACAUAGUUCAUCUGGGUCUGCCUACUCAUGGGGGCUCAAAUGGCAACGAGGCAAGUGAUUUUCAUUUCUACAUGUAGUGUAACAUGAGGAUAAUAGUCGCAUAGAAAUUUGUUAUGCUUGUAGUAAUCCACUACUAUCAACUUUAAAAUCUUUGAAUUAAAUCUCAUUUGUUUGCAGGUCCAGGUAAAUAUAAGUGUUUUGAUUUUACUGAGUCUAAUUAUUAAUAAGGGUCUUGUCCUUUGGGUUGCAGGCUCCCCAGGAGAUAAUAGAUCUAAAGUAACAUAGGAUAAUGUAGAUUUAUGCAGGUUAGGAUGCAGUCAUACAUUGAAAUGCAGGUUUUUGGUAAAAGGUGGAAAGAUGCAGCAGAGAAAGACAAAUGUUGGAUCGAUCCGUAUGCACAGGAAAACAAGACGAGCCAUUAGUGUAUUUUGUGAGGCUUUAAGUGAUCAAAAUCCAAGUAGUGUCCAUGUUCAUGAUCAGCGUUUCAAAUUGACACGUCACAUGGCAUCGGAUUUUGGUUUCUAGUCUUGGAGCUUUUGAUUUGAUAUCUCGGGUGUGGGAUCUCGCAAGAGUUUGCAGGAACAUUGCUUCCUUUGCCAUUAUUUUACUUUCAUUUUGUCACCAAGCCAUUUGUUUCCUUAAAUAUUGGUGUGCAUUGGGUUGCAUAGAGUAGUUUAUAUGGCAGCAGAAAAAUGCGAGGCAUAGAUUUUUUUUUUUCACCGCGAAGGUCAGGUCAAUGUAAAGCGGUUGCUUGUAUGAAACAAUCAUAUUUUCUCGGCUCCAAUUAGCUUUAUACCUUAUUCUUGGUA